AUGCAGGCCAUCCCAAGAGAAGCCCGGGAGUUCGGGCUCGGUCAGAUUGGCUACUACCUACUGCUAGCCGGUUCGGCCAUUGUGUACCAGUUCUUCUUCCUCGGCACCAUCGGCGCCAUCUUCUAUGGCUCGGCACUACUUGCCGGUGUCAUCAUGACCGUGCUCAUCCCAGUGACUGAGGUGCUCGCCGUCCUGUUCUUUCAUGAGCCAUUCAACGGCACCAAAGGUGUCGCCCUCGCGCUCUCCCUUUGGGGCUUCGUCUCCUACUUAUAUGGGGAAGUCCGGGCCAAGGCACAACAGUCCGACAAACCCCUGAAUACGGAGCAUUUGGACCCUUAG